CUUUGCGGGAAGAACCUAUGCUACUAUGGACUACUACGGAGUGGUACCCUUCAGGGUAUCUAGUCGCAUCAAUGGCUGGGGAGGUUUCCAGGGAAUCCCACAAUCCCACCAGCUAACCUGCAGUCUGGACCCGAGCUGCUUAUGAAUCGGGAAGGUGUGGAAUACACCAGCAAAACGUCAUUCCGACAACCCCGCCAGGUGGGGGUUGCAGCACCCAGGAGACCACCGACAUUGGAAGCCCGUCGAAUCCACUGGGGAGAAGGAGGAGCACCAAGUCCGAGGCACUGACGGGUGCUCUCUGACUCGCAGCCUGCUUUCGGCGACUCAUUAUUUACCCCUCGUUCGCUUCUUCCCUCCUUCUUCCCCCCAUCCUCAUCAUCCUCAAAUCUUGAAUUUACCUCUAGAUCCAAGGUAGUCACAUAUCACAAACCGCCAAAAUGGUCAAGGCUGUUGCUGUCAUCCGUGGAGACUCCAAGAUCUCCGGCACUGUCACUUUCGAGCAGGCCGACGAGAACACCCCCACCACCAUCUCGUGGAACAUCACCGGCCACGACGCCAACGCUGAGCGUGGCUUCCACGUCCACCAGUUCGGUGACAACACCAACGGCUGCACCUCCGCUGGCCCUCACUUCAACCCCUUCGGCAAGACCCACGGUGCUCCCGAGGAUGCUGAGCGUCACGUCGGUGACCUGGGCAACUUCAAGACCGAUGCUGAGGGCAACGCCGUUGGCUCCAAGCAGGACAAGCUGGUGAAGCUCAUCGGUGCUGAGAGCGUUCUGGGCCGGACCCUGGUCGUUCACGCUGGUACCGAUGACCUCGGCCGCGGUGGCAACGAGGAGUCCAAGAAGACCGGUAACGCUGGUCCUCGUCCCGCCUGCGGUGUUAUCGGCAUUGCCGCUUAAGUGCCCAAUUAAUCUCCGAAGCCUUUAGUCUAGGAUGGGGGAGGCCUAAUCAGAAUGAAGUAGUCUGCCAAUAUCCAGUCGCUGCCAGGAAGUAAAAUGAAUGCACGAAUGACUUGAUGCCAGCAAUUAUGAUCUCCGGCGUUUCUGCCAGACUGUACCAGAACUAAAUAGCUCUACUGUGGGUGACACGGAAUGUAACUGUUGUGCUACGGAA